AUGCGCAAUAUCCUGCACAAGGCUGUCACGCUGCUGCAAACAAAGUACUGUGGUGUCUUUAACGAUGUCUACCAACAGUCGAUGCUAGUGCCCGUUCCUCAAGUAUCUACUGUCAACAAGUUUGCGGAAUAUUUGCAGCGGACGUUCUCAACGAGAGAUGUGGCCGACAUAAUGUCGCGAUACACUGAAGCGAAACAGGCCCGCCUCAAUCGCGUUGCCCAAAUACAAGAAUCCUACCGCCUUGCGGAGGAGCGAGAGCGCCCUCAAUUCAACGCUAACCACACACCCCUCCUCCUAGUGAUCUAUACCCAUCAUACACCAUACCCCACCGCUGCCGAGCGCCUCGCCAUCGCAGAAUACACCCACAUGACCGAGCGCCAAAUUGAAGUUUGGUUCCAAAACCACCGCCGUGUCCAGAAGAAAGCCGGCUUCCCGCCCUCACGUGUUCGUGGACCGAGCGGAGGCGUCGAGAAGCUCAUCGCUUCGCUGCCUCCUCCCUCGUACUCUCAGCCGACACCAGAACCAGAGCAGCACCCGGACGAGGACCCACAAAAAAGCCCGCCCUCAUCCGAUUUGAUACCCAUUCCCACACCCAUACCCAAUGGCAAAGGCAAGGGCAAAGAGGCCUCUCCCUCAUUCCUCCGUCCCGUACCCUACCCUGCUCACGCUUUCCACUUUGAUGUCCCCUGGCCUCGCAUCGCAUCUACCACCCCCAUCACGAAAACCCCACCCACAACAAUGGACGAGCUAACACAAAUGUUCACACGCAUGAACGUCCGCUCCGCAUCACAAGAGCACGAGGGUGAGGGCGAAGCAGCCACUGCUCGCUAUACCACUGACCUCCGGGGCCGGUCAGCAGCGUAUGUCGGUGAGGGCGCCUGGAAGACCUGGAGUUGGAGCUGGCAUGGGCGGUCAGGCCUGUUGAGCGUGGAAUGGGGUAAGAGUAGUUGGGGGAAGAAGAGGAAGACAAGGGCGAAUUGGAAGCCUUAUUCGAAGCCGCAACAGCUGCCCCGGCGGACACCAUCACCCCGAGUACCUUCUUCCUCUUCGCGUCGGACGGCGAGUUCGGGUUCUUCUUCCUCCUCCUCCUCCUCGUCGAGUCGAUCACCAAGCUGGGGUUCUCAAACGGAGGCACCUUGCUCGCCUGCCUCGUCAUAUACUUCGUAUUCCCCUUCGCCUUCACCGCCUCCUGGGACAAUCGAGUCCGAUCGCGCCGAGGUGAUGGAAGGGCGCAUUCCCGUUCGAUUUUUGGGUUUGGCCAUGGGGAAGGGAGAUUUAACAGUCGAGUUGCUAUCCAAGCAUAUGUUGUAUUAUUACUACUUACUAAUUCUUAAAGACUCCGAACAUGAGCUGUAUUACGCUGCAUUCGCCGACGUUGCGAACGCUAUCGCACGGCUCUGCGGCCAGAAGGAGGCACCAAAGCGCUUUUGGCUAGAUCGACGUUCAAGUUCAUCGAAGCGCAGGUCGUUCUCACACCCCGCGGCUAGUCGCCCUGAUGUCGCGAAUGUCAUAGGAAACAAAGAGGACUGGGAAUGGGAAUGGGCCAUUUGCGAAACAGAUGAGCCGGACGACGGUAAGGACAUUCGGAAGAAGAUCGAUGUAUCUUGGAUUCGCACCGUUGUACCCAUCGAGAUCGUGCGGAAGAGGGUGAUCAGGCUCAAAGACGCGCAGAAAACAGUCACGCAGCUCUGUGGAUACAUGCGACAAAUCUUACAAGUGCAGUACGAUCGCAUUCUGAACUUGGCCCUCCAGUUCAGAGACGGCUUUAAGUACCAUUUCCCCCUCCCUGAUAACUAUGAGGAUGUGAGCGGAGUCGGCGUUUUUUGCGCGGCAGAGCAGUCGAGGCGGGAAAAAGAGUUGGAUCUGAUUCAAGAGGCGUUGACAGAGGGUGAUAUACUUGAGGUCACAGACGCUGGGCCCGUGUGGGAUAGCUCAGAGUGA